CCGUAUUGUCCACAGAAGAAGAGGAGCUUGCAUAGCAUUACCAUGGCCCCCAAGGCAAGGUUGUUCUUGUUCUCUCUCGCUAUCUAUGUUGCCUUGCUUUCCGGUUCCAAUAUCUCCGCGGCGUCUGCUAGAACCAUCCCUCAUCUGCAUGCCUCUAAAUCAUCAAGUAGUGCCAGCGACGACGCCUGCGUCUGCGAUGCCUCGAGGUUCCAAGAACUGGGGCUGGAGAUGAAGGAAUUUGCGUACUGUGACGCGUCGCUGUCCUAUGAAGUUAGGGUGAAGGACUUGGUGGAUCGGAUGACGCUGGAGGAGAAGGCGCGGCAGCUCGGAGACACGGCCACUGGGGUGGAGAGGAUAGGACUGCCUAAGUACGAGUGGUGGUCGGAGGCGCUGCAUGGCGUCUCCAACACCGGCCAGCCAGGCAGCCUUGGCUCCUUCUUUGACGACGAAAUCCCCGGUGCCACCAGCUUCCCCACCGUUAUUCUCACCGCUGCAACUUUCAACGAGUCCCUUUGGAAAACCAUUGGCCAAGUUGUUUCAACAGAAGCAAGAGCCAUGCACAACUUGGGGCAUGCUGGAUUGACAUUUUGGAGUCCAAAUAUCAACGUGGCGAGGGAUCCUAGGUGGGGAAGAACCCAAGAAACACCUGGCGAAGACCCUCUGGUGGCAGGGAAAUAUGCAACAAACUAUGUCAGGGGCUUGCAAGAUGUUGAAGGUUCUGACCUCACCACAAAUUUGAACUCUAGACCUCUCAAGGUUGCUGCAUGCUGCAAGCAUUAUGCUGCAUACGAUAUUGAGAGCUGGCUUGGAUCCAAUAGGUUUCAUUUUGAUUCAAAGGUGACCGAGCAAGAUAUGAGAGAGACCUUCCUUAGUCCCUUUGAGAUGUGCGUUAAGGAUGGCGACGUUACCAGCGUAAUGUGCUCGUUUAACCGUAUCAAUGGCAUACCUAUUUGUGCUGAUCCGCAGCUCUUGAAAAACACCAUUAGAGGAGAAUGGGAUCUUCACGGGUACAUAGUUUCAGAUUGUGAUUCACUGGAAGUAAUGGUAGAUGGUCACAAAUGGCUCGGUGACACACCAGAGGACGCUGUUGCCCAAGCACUAAAAGCAGGUAUGGAUUUGGAUUGUGGGUAUAAAAUUGGCAGCUUCUAUGGCAAUUACGCGGCCAGUGCAGUGGCACAAGGGAAAGUAAGGGAGGCAGAGGUAGACAAAGCACUCAAAAACCUCUACACUGUGUUAAUGAGGCUUGGGUAUUUUGAUGGGAGCCCUCAGUUCCAAUCCCUGGGAAAGGCUGACGUGUGCUCCGAAGAACACAUUGAAUUAGCAGCCGAAGCAGCAAGGCAAGGAAUUGUUCUUCUCAAGAAUGAGAAUGAAACUUUGCCUUUGAAUUCUGGUGAAAUAAAGACAAUAGCAGUAGUAGGGCCUCAUGCUAAUGCCACCAAAGUCAUGAUCGGAAACUAUGCGGGUGUCCCUUGCCGAUAUGUCUCCCCAAUUGAUGGCUUCUCUGCAUUUGGAAAAGUGGAAUAUGAAAGGGGUUGCGCCGAUGUUGCAUGCAAGAAUGAGAGCUUAAUAUUCCCGGCCAUGAGAGCUGCAAAGAAAGCUGAUGCUACUGUAAUUGUAGUGGGGCUGGACUUAUCAGUAGAGGCUGAGGGCUCAGACAGAGUUGAUCUGCUGCUUCCAGGCUACCAAACCCAGCUGAUCAAACAAGUUGCCAGCGUCUCCAGAGGCCCUGUCAUUCUUGUAGUCAUGUCUGGUGGUCCAGUUGAUAUUUCUUUCGCCAACAACAAUCCGAAGAUCGGUGCCGUCUUAUGGGCAGGUUAUCCCGGUGAAGAAGGCGGCCGAGCCAUAGCAGAUGUUGUGUUGGGGAAGUGCAAUCCCGGUGGGAGGUUGCCUCUCACAUGGUACGGGGCUGACUAUGUCGACAUGCUGCCAAUGACCUCCAUGCUGUUGAGACCAAUCGACAGCUUAGGCUACCCGGGAAGAACAUACAAAUUCUUCAAUGGCUCCACAAUCUACCCAUUUGGGUACGGACUCAGCUACACGCAGUUCAACUACACCCUGAAAUCCUCCCAAAGAUCACUCGACAUCAAGUUACACAAGCUGCAGCAUUGCCACGACGUGAACUACAAUGCAAGUGCAUACAAGCCUCGGUGCCCUGCAGUUCUGAUCGAUGACUUGAAGUGCGACGACAACAUAGAGUUCGAGGUCGAGGUCAAGAAUGUGGGCAGGAGGGAUGGAAGUGAUGUUGUGAUGGUUUACAAAGUCCCCGCAGAAGGCAUUGUCGGGGCCCCUACGAAGGAGCUGAUUGCCUUCCAGAGAGUUUUUGUGGCAGCAGGAGAAAGUGAGGCUGUGAAGUUUGUGGUGAACGCUUGCAAGAGCCUUGGCAUAGUGGAUUACGCAGCUUACCAUCUUUUGCCAGCCGGGAGGCAUACAAUCGUGAUUGGGGAUGGUGCAGUCUCAUUCCCGGUUAGCAUUAACUUCAAGCAAUAAGAUUUUGUCAUCAAGUAGCCAAGCUAAGCUAAGCAGGAGGUUUUAGCAGUUUCAGUUUGUUGCGAACAAUUAGAGAUAGGAGAUAGGUUAGUGUUGUACUUUGAUGAAGCUUCAAUAUCGCUGCGUUUGGCAUAGGGGCUGGAGGGUCUUUUCAGCAACCCUCAGAGUUGCCCAAAACGGUAGCGUUUUGGGCCUCUGAGUGGAUGGCUGAAACGACAACCAGCUGUGCCGUUUUGCUUGACGUACUUCAUUGUCGCAUUGCCUGCUGUGUGCCCGAUCGUUGAUGCUCUGUUGUGCCUUUAUUCAUCCUGAUCGCCACCGUUGCAUCCUUCUAUAUAUCUUCUACAGUGGCCUCGAGAUCAGUAGCGCGCACAGCCUCCGAUUACCUUCCUCUUGCUUGGUUUGAUCUGUUUAUUCUCUGUAUUUUCUUCUCUUUCUCUGUAUAGUUUAUGUAUGUUUUCUCUCUAGGGUUUGGCCUCUGACCUUUAGUUUCUAUGGUUAUGGGGCUGAUUUAAAAGGUGAGAAUCGUUUUUGUACAGUGAGGGUUGAGAGUUAAUCUAUGUAAACCGAGGUUGUAAUCGUUUUGAUCCGAUAGUGGAGUGAGCUUUCUUUGCCGGAGCUCAACGUGGAUGUAGCCCUUAUUAACGGGUGAACCACGGUAAAUCUUUGGUGUUUGUGUGUUUGAUUUAUUCUUGGUUAUCUGCAUGCUUUCAGUAUUAAAUAUUAUGUGUCUUUUGCUUUGAGUGUUUGGUUGAGG